CUUCUCGAACAACAACAACAGUUUUCAAGACUUAUACAAAGCCUCCAUCAAAAGCAACAACAAGGUACAUUAAAUCAACAGCAAACAAAUGAGCUUAAGUUAUUAAUUAUGCAACAACAGCAAAAUCAAGCCCAAUUAAAUCAACUUGCGAAUCAACAAGCACAAACACAACCGCAAUCACAAAACCAAAACCAAAACCAAAUACAACCGCAACCACAAACACAAACCCAAACACAACCACAACAAACACAAACACAAACACAAACCCAACCCCAAUCACAAACCCAAAACCAAACCCAACCACAGCCACAAACUCAAACUCAAGCCCAAAUACAGGCCCAAACUCAAACACAAGCACAGGCCCAAACACAAAUAAACCAACAAUCAAAUCCUGGGUCUGUUGCACAACAACCUCAAACCCCACUACAAAAGGUUCAACUUAGUAUCCAAAUGGCAGUUAAUAAUAGGAAUAGUUUGCAACAAAAAUUAUUACUUUGUCAACAACAACUGCAACAGCAGCCACAAAAUCACAUUAUUAGCAAUACUAUUCAAAACAUUCAAAACAAUUUACUCCAAAUUCAAAACAAUUUGAGUAUAUUGUUCCAACAACAGCAACAAUUAACACAACAGCAAACAAACCAACAAACACAACAAACCCCAAAUCCACAACAACCAAAUACUUUACAAUUUGCACAAACCCAAUUUGUUCAACAACAACCUCAAGCUCAACAACAACCCCAACAGCCGCAACAAACACAACAAACACAACAGCCACAACAAACACAACAGCCACAACAGCCACAACAACCACAACAACCACAACAAACACAACAAACACAACAACCACAACAACCACAACAAACACAACAAACACAACCACAACAAUUUGUGCAACCACAAAAUAGAGAGCAACUAAUUCAACAUCUUAAUUUUUUAAAACAAACCAACAUUGAACAAUAUAAUAGCUAUUUUAGUAAAGUAAGACAGCAGCUCCAGCAUCAACCUCAACAUCAGCAACAAACCCAACAGAAUAAUAUCCCGCAACCAAAUACUUUACAAUUUGCACAAAAUCAAUUACAACAACAACCACAACCACAACAAAAUCAACCACAGGCUCAACAACAAUCACAACAACCACAGCAGCCACAAAACCAACAAUUUCAACAAAAUCCAUUACAACAAUAUCAACAACCAAUUCAAAAUCAAUUACAACAACCACAAAACCAACAAUUUCAGCAACAAUUUAUUCAACAACAGCCUCUACAACCUCAACAACAACAACAACAACAACAACAACAACAACAACAACAACAGCAACAGCAACAGCAACAGCAACAACCACAACAACAGCAACCACAACAACAGCAACCACAACAACAGCAACAACCUCAACAAAACGUUUUCCAAAAUCAACAAUUCUUUAAUCCUCAACAGUUACAACAGUUACAAUUUCAACAACAAAAUCAACAAUUCUUUAAUCCUCAACAGUUACAACAAUUCCAAAACCAACAACCACCACAUUAA